UUUAGCUCCUAGAAGCUGAGUGGUUCUAAGCUUAUAGAUCCUUUCCUGCCUCACUCAGGCCUAGCCUCCUGAGAUGGAUGUCACCCACCUGCUCCUGGCCAUUCUGCUGGUCUGCCUAUGUUUCCUCACUGCUUGUAGCCACCUGGCACCUGAGGAAAAGCCCAGAGAUGACAGAAGCCUGAAGAGCAACUCCUCCGUGAACCUGCGGGAUUCCCCCUCAGUCUCUAUCAUGGCACUAAACGAGAAAUCCAAAAAGACCACUAUAAGAGAGGCGGAAAAGAAGAGAUCUUCCGAGAAAAAGGCUUCAGUGAAGAAGGUGGCGCGGCCCCGGGACCCACUGACGAUUCGUGUAGUCACCCGUGACAGCUGCAGGCAGCUGGCGCCCACCUACUCUAACCCAUGCACCUCCUGCAAGUGUCGCUUCUUCUGCAGCUCCAGUUCCAGCCACAAGCUCAACCGCAACUGCUUAGAGCGUAGCCUCCCCGCCCCCUGA